AUGUCCUUUUCGUUCGAAUGGCCCCGCUUCUCCGAUCAGUUUCACGCCGACGCUAUUGAGAUGCUCAACUCGGCUCUGAACAAGGGUGCGAAGCCCCCCGUCAUCGCAGACAAGAUUGAGGUCGUUGAACUGGAGAUGGGCACGCAGCCGCCCGAGCUUGAGAUUCGCGAUAUCGGGGACUUGACCACCGAUCAGUUUCGUGGAAUAUUUCGGCUAACAUAUGCCGGGGAUGCGCAUCUCGUGUUACGCACGAAGGUUCAGGCGAACCCUCUAAACCAUAAGCAACACGAAAUACACCUCAUGGGCGGCUCCCGCGGCAUGCUCGCCGCCAAGCAGCCCCUCGUCGUCCCCAUGCUCCUCCGCCUUUCCCACUUCCGGCUCAAUUCGUACAUCGUCCUCGUCGUAUCCAAACAAAAGGGCAUCACGCUCGUCUUCAAGACCGACCCGCUCCAGAACGUCGAUAUCAACAGCACCUUCGACUCGAUCGCCGUUAUCCAGAAGUUCAUCCAGAAGGAGAUUGAGGGCCAGCUCCGGCAGAUGUUCCGCGAGGACCUGCCGGGCAUCAUUCAUCGCCUCAGCCAACAGUGGGUCAAGGCGAAGGUCGAGGCGCCUUAUCUAGACAAGAAGCCAUCAUCACAGACGGCAUCGUCGCGGCCGUCUGUGGAGAGGAUGACAAUGUCGGCUCCCGAUCUUAGAAACCUGGCUCCCCGCUUUCCUGCUGUCGGACUGCAGCCAAGCUUUGGUUUGGGCACGCCGGCCCCACCCCCGCCGUAUCCACGCUCGCAGUCGCUGUAUGGGGCUACCUCGGUAGCGAGUACGAGCCGACGCAGCGCCGCAACGACGGCGGCACGGACUUCUCCUUCCCGGACACGUCCUGCGCGCGCAUUGGAUGCGCCCGAGACGGCGUUUCCCGAUAUCGAGAACUUCGACCCGACGUACGGGCUGCGCCCCGAGGGCCUGCCGGCGAAGAGCGUGUUCGGCGGAUUUGGGCGGCUGUUCGGGGCGAACAGGGGCCUCGCGGACCUCGCGGAGGAGCCAAGCGACGGUGAAGACGAGUUUGAGGAGGGCGCGUCUUACGACGUGGUCGACUGGGAGGACAUGCUGCCCGAUGACAGCACGCGCGCGCCGUCAGUCGCAGACGCGAACGAGUACGAGGACAUGCGCGCCGACGUGGGGGAGUACGAGACGCUCCCUGCUGUCGGUGGAGGCGUCAUCACGCGUCCGCGCGUCGUGCACGCACAGUCACAGAUUCAGACGCCCGUAUCUGCAGGGGGGUCACGCAUGCCGCGUGCCCCAUCUGUUGCGUCGACGCCGCCGCUCACUCGUGCCGCGCUCGAGCGCCUCACAUCACCUGGCUCCGUGCCGAUCCUGACGCCACACCCAGUCCCGCGCCGUGCGAGCUCUAUGUACAAUCCUUAUUUUCCCGACGUCGGCCCCUCGCGCAAUGGCCACGCGCGUGCGACCUCGACGCCGCCCACGCCACCGCUGUAUCGCUCGCCAUCGAGCGUCCACACGCAGCCAUCGCGCUCGAGCUCGCACACGCACUCUGUCCCGACGCCGCCCUCGACCGACCUCCUGCAUGCACACGCCUCCCCCUCGCAGCCCCAGCGCAAACGCCGCCCCUCUCUCUCCUCCUCCACCUCCUCUCCCUACCCGUACCCCGCCUUCGCCUCCGCCGCAGGCACACACCCGCUCGACGCGCUCUUCCCGGACCCCCUGCACGCGCAGGACCCGGACCCCGCCCCGCAGGCCGUCGUGCUCCGCCCCGCGCUCAACAACCACGUCUCGCAGAUCGCGACGCUCGCGCACUCUAACCACACGCUCUCGCCAUACACCCGCGCCCUCGAGCACUUCACCGUCCGCUCCGUGCCCCCGCGCGCGCUCGCGCCGCCCCCUGCGCCCCCCGCGCCCGUGCGCGCGCGGCGCAGGCGCACGUAUAGGCUCGGCGGCGUGGGCACGGGCGCGGGUGCGACCGACCCCGCUUCCGUUCCUCCCUCGCCCCCACGUCCGCACGCGCGCGGCGGCGCAGGUGCAGACGCGGACGCGAGUUGCGGGGCCGCACACGCGGCGGGGCUCGGCGCGCCCGCAUCACCCGUGCUGCCGAGCGAGUUUGACGCGGAGGAGAUGGACCGGUAUUUCCGCGCGCGGGACGAGCUUGAGCAUUACCCGCCGGAGCUGCACCCGUCGCACGUGCGGCGGCGGCGGCACGCGUCGUACCAGGCUUCGUGAUCUCUGGCGGCGGCGGCGGCUGUGUACGUUAUGUCGGCGAUUGUAGAGGAUACGAUAGGUUGUGUAUGUGGGGGAGGGGGCGGGGCGGGGGCGCGUGGUUGGUAUCUUAGGAUCUUCUUUUUUGUCCGUUUCGCAUUCGCAUUCGCAUUCGCCUACGUACGCCUACGCCGUUUCUUUUUGUUUGUCUUUCUUUCGUAUGGCCCAUCUCUAUCUACUUAGACUGUCUCUUUCACGUGCGAUAUGAAUCGCGGCGCUGACGGACCUGUUUGUAUCUAUGCCCACCCGGCCCGUACUGGUAGCCCCCUCCCCAUUUCUUGCGCACCUCACGUUGAGUUUUUCUCGCUCGCGACUUGGUCUUGUGUGCUUGCCAGAAACCAUAAACUAACGGCGUGACCACAGUGGACGCGCUC